AUCCAGCUACCUAAAGUGAUUUUCAUGAAAUAUGACGAGAAAUCGGAGUUUGCGCAUAGCAUAGAACCCAUAGAACCGUACUUUUUUUUACUGAUUCUUGGGAGAAUUGUAGCGUACCAUUUUUAUACAAUAUUUUAAGAACUUACAUUGGAAAUCGUAUUUGUGAAUUGACUGGAAGGAAAUAGUUAAAAACGUUAAAUAAAAAGAGAACACAUAUGCUCAAAAUUCUGUGUCAAUUUUGCAUGCCUUAAAAGAAAAUGAGUACGCCUGAGACGGAAAUUUGUGGAUUUCUCGACGUCAAGUCGAUGGGAAGUAGAUACAUUGCACAGAAAGUAAGGAAGAAAGGUUUAGCCCUGUUAAGAAUAUGGAAACGAUCAUGGUGCUCGGUGAAAAAACUAGAACCUGGUCUAGGGGUACAGAUACAGUUUGAUGAGAAGCUCAGCUGUCGCAGCAGCACUUUGAAGCAAAAAGAGAAGGAUAAUUCUGUGGUGAUACCUCCGAACGCUACAAUCUAUCGAAUUUGCUCUAGAACAAAGCAAUUUGCAUUUAGUAUAUCGCUAGCAGUGGACAGGAAGCCAAUAUUGUCAUUGUCUGGUAACUCUGAGACCGAGACGCAACGUUGGAUGGCAAAUAUCAGGCACUUGUUGAAGCCUAGAAAAUAUAGUUGUACAGAGAGAUCGUAUGAAGUAUCCAUAAUUGACAAUGCACAUUCGAAAGCAGCAGGUUUAACUGGUUUAUAUGGAGAUUUGAUUGCUAAUGAAAAAGAAAUUUUUAUUAGAGAUGUUCACACGGGCAAAAUAGUUAAGUCUUUCGAGUGGAAGGAAUUUACUCAGUUUCACUUAAUGUCAGUGGGCCGUCCAGAAGAUGUGAAGCGUAUUUGUGUAAUACACACCAGCAAGGAAUUUUGCUGUGACGUGGGCGAACUCUACAUAUUCUGUCUUAAUGCUAACAAGUUGUUACAAGACUUGGUAACACAAGGUCGUGGUCCAAAACAUCGACAAAAAUCUUCACAUUUUAAUACCAAGAAUCUUGAAGUGAUGGGAUACGAUGGAAUCAAUCUUUCUUUACAACUAAAAAAUGAAAAGGAGGAAUCACAUUGUACUCUUGAUACAGACGCCAAUCAGGAAUCCAAUAUGUCUAUUGCUUCUGGAAUUUAUGAAGAAAUUGUAGACGAUAUUUGUUCUUCUAAACUGAAAACAUCAUUUACUUCUAAUAAAUGUAAAGAUAAAACUAAAAUUCAGUACAAUUUGGAAAUAGAACCUCCAGCAUUACCACCACGACAGAAGCAGAGGUCAGAAUGCGUAAAAGAAGAUAGAAUGGAUAUGGAACAACAUUCUCAUCCAGAAGCUUUUAAUCAUUUUGAAACAAGGUUACAGAAUAUAAUAUAUAGUACGCAAGAAACCAUUUUCACAGAUCAUUCCAGUUAUGUUCCGAUGUCACCACAAUUGAGAGACCUUCAUAUGCUUGAGUCUGAUGUCUUGGAAAAUUUAAAGGAGAAUGACUAUGUAAUUAUGCGAUAACAUUAUAUGAUAUAAAUAAUUAAGGGUAAGGAUUGUAAAGAAAUCCUGGUAAAUAUUUUAGUAAAUAAUUGUAAAUAAUAGUAAAUAGAAUAUGUAGGAUUAAUAAAUGUCUAUUCAUAGGCGGAUUCUUGUUAUGAAUGUACUGAUAUACAUAUCUUUAUAAAUUUCUUAUUAACUUGUGAAAAUCGCAAAGUAAUACUGAAUUUUUAAACUCAUUUUAAUCUUUCCGAUCUACCUAUGAGAGGUAUUACAUUUAUUACCAGAUAAUCUGUAUGCAAAGCCGUCCAAAAUAUAUUACUUUACCACUUUUUGUAUUUUAUGUAGCAAAUAAUUCAUUAAUAUUUUAUAAACUUGGAUAACAUUCAAUGGUAUGUUGUAUGAAAAUCAUUAUAUUAAAUAUGUUAAUCGAUAUAUUUUUAUAUUUUUAUAAGAUAAUAAAGAGCGAAAUCAAGUAAAAAAA